AAUUUCUUAACAAUAACCAGCAAAAAAACAACAAAAUUCUUAACAAAGAAACGCCAGAGCAAGAUUUUAGUCUUUGACGACGGAGACUGGAUUGCAGGCUUGACGCGGACUAGGGUUUACGAUAAAAGCUUUGAGUUCUGAGUCUCUCUUUUGUUUUUGUUUUCAUGGAUUGCUUGCAGCAAAAAGAUUCAUUUUAUUAAUUUUCGAUUCAAAAAGUUGAUUUGCCGGGGUGGAUCUUCUGUUUAUCGUCCAAUUUGAAUUUCAAUACUCCGCAAGGAUGAGAUCGAGAUUCCAUAAUCCUCGUUUUCUGGUGGUUCUGUUUGCGUUGUUUCUAUUCGGACUCACAGAUCGAGUUUUGGGGUCUCAGAAGGAGGCUUACGCUACUCUUCUUUACGGAGAUGAGUUUCUCCUUGGCGUUCGGGUUCUCGGGAAAUCGAUUCGCGACACUAGAACUACCAAAGAUAUGGUUGUUCUUGUUUCCGAUGGUGUGUCGGACUAUGCUAAGAAGCUCCUUAAGGCGGAUGGUUGGAUUGUGGAGCCUAUAAGUUUGUUAGCUAACCCCAAUCAAGUGCGGCCAAAGAGGUUUUGGGGGGUAUAUACGAAACUGAAGAUAUUUAACAUGACAGACUAUAAGAAAGUUGUCUAUCUUGAUGCUGAUACCAUUGUGCUCAAGAGUAUUGAAGAUCUCUUUAAAUGUGGAAAGUUCUGCGCUAACCUGAAGCAUUCUGAAAGGAUGAAUUCAGGAGUCAUGGUGGUAGAGCCAUCUGUAGAGCGUUUCAAUGAUAUGAUGAGCCAAGUGACCACUUUGCCUUCUUACACAGGAGGAGAUCAGGGGUUUCUGAAUGCAUACUUCCCUGAAUUUGCAAAUGCGCAUGUUUUUGAGCCAAGCUUGUCUUCUGAUGUGAUAAAUUCUAGACCGGUACCUGAAAUGGAGAGACUCUCUACUUUGUAUAAUGCAGAUGUUGGCCUGUAUAUGCUGGCCAAUAAGUGGAUGGUAGAUGAGAAAGAACUCCGGGUUAUUCACUACACACUUGGUCCCCUUAAACCAUGGGACUGGUGGACAGCAUGGCUCCUAAAACCUGUUGACAUUUGGCAGAAUGUCCGGGAACAUCUUGAAGAAUCUCUUCCAGGAACAGCAGGGGGAAAAAAUCCAAAUGAUUCUCUUCUAGUCAAAAUUCUUUUCUUCCUUCCCUUAAUUGCUCUGCUUCUUUGUUACCAUCGUUCCCUUUUUCAGAGGGAUUCAUGUGGCACAUUUUGUAGAAACUCAUUCUAUGAUCAUGUCAGACAUCUUUAUUAUAAAUUUAAAGCUGGUGGAUUUUUUUAUUCUGCUGUUGGUGUUUCUUCAUCGUCCAUUAAUUCCAAUCAACAGUUCUCAAAUGGACUGCAUUCCAAGGUACCCGCUUAUUUGGGUGGAAUCUCUGUUUUCGUUUGUUUCCUGGCUGCUGUGGUGUCCAUUGCACUUGCACUUGUAAUUGUCCCUCGGCAAGUAAUGCCAUGGACAGGUUUACUGCUGAUGUACGAGUGGAUAUUUACAAUUUUCUUCAUAUUAUUUGGAGGUUAUAUCCAUUUAAUAUAUCAGUGGGGUAGGAUGACAGCAACUCAAGCAGGAUCCGUUUCCAAUCAUCCUGAAUCUUCUGACUAUGAUUCCAGAAAAGGUCAUCGUCUUGUGUCUAAUUGUGAUUUUGCCACAUGGUAUUACGGAUUAGGGAUGGCAUUUCUUGCUGUAGCUGCCCCUUCAUUGCCGUGCCUUUUGGGGAUCACAGCAAUGUUUACGAGGUUAGGAUUGAUGGUUGUGGGUGGUUUGGUUUUGGCAUCUUUCAUGACAUAUGCUUCAGAGCACCUUGCAAUUAGAGCAUUCUUGAAAGGCCUUGAAGAUCGGGAUGCCCCACAGAUAAGAAGCUUGUGUUUAUUAUGUUGAUCAGCGGCAGCGGCAUCUUUAAAUUAAUUGUACACUAUAAGAACAGGGAUUCCUCCCAACUUUGUGAUUUACUUGGCUAUUUUUUCCUUAUCUGUGUAUUUGUAAAAUAUUUGUCAAAUUAGAAUUUCUUUACACUACAAAAUUUUGAUGUAACAGCAAUUCAACAACCGCAGUUUUAUUUAUCACUACUUUGUGAAGUUCUCAUAAA